AUUUUCUUGUCUGGAAUAUGCCAAAGUCACUGUUGUGACCAACAAACAAAAUCUCUUCCUCUCUCUCUUGCCCAAGCUGCCCUUUCUCUUUGUUUCAACCUGCCCCUUCUGCCCGUCCUAACACUUUCCCUCUUUCUCAAGCACCCUUCCCCUCUCUCUCUUACCUUUUGACUAAAAUUCCUACCUGGUUGUCAUUUGCUUUCACUUAUUACCCAUCCCUUCAUGUGUUUUUGAGAUGGGGUUUUUCUGUUGUAGCUAAAGUUGUUUGCUUCUGUGAGUUUUGAAGGUUGAUCAGUAGAGUUUCUCUUUUUUGUGGAGAUGGGUAUCAGUUUUUUUCACUUGUUGAUUGUUUGACAUGUUUUGAGAUGGGUUUUUGUUGUUGUAGCUAAAGUUGUUUGCUUUUUUGAGUUAUGAGAAGUUGAUCAGUUGAAUUUUGUGGACAUGGGUUUGAGUCCGGAAUCUGUAAAGGUUAAGAAUGGGGAAGUGAAUAGUAGUAGUAAUAAGAAAUCAAGAAAGGUGAAAAAGAAGAUCAAAGAUGGAGCUGAGGAAGAAGAUGAAAUUGGGUGUUGGGUUAGGUUCAGGUUUAUGGAGAGUUGCAUGCCUUCAAGAUCAAAAGUUGAUAGUUCCUUGAGUGGUACUAGUACCAAUUAUAAUAAUAAAUCUCCAAAUGAGAAAAGAAGAGACCAGCCAGUUGUUCCUGUGUCAUCUACAACCACAAGUAAUGCAGAAAGUACUUCAUCCACACCAAAAUUCAGUGAGGAGCUGAAGAUUGCUUCUCAGCUUCGGAAGUUCACAUUCAAUGAUCUAAAGUUAGCUACUAGGAAUUUCAGACCAGAGAGUCUUCUCGGUGAAGGUGGGUUUGGUUGUGUCUUCAAAGGUUGGGUCGAGGAAAAUGGAACUGCUCCUGUAAAACCUGGUACUGGGCUUACUGUUGCUGUUAAAACCCUAAAUCAUGAUGGACUUCAGGGUCAUAAAGAGUGGCUAGCCGAAGUUAAUUUCCUUGGCAACCUCCUCCAUCCAAAUUUGGUUAAAUUGGUUGGUUAUUGCAUUGAAGAUGAUCAAAGGUUGCUGGUAUAUGAGUUCAUGCCUCGAGGGAGUUUGGAGAACCAUCUCUUUAGAAAAGGGUCCUUGCCUCUUCCUUGGUCUAUCAGAAUGAAGAUUGCAUUAGGUGCUGCAAAGGGCCUUGCCUUUCUUCAUGAAGAAGCUGAAAAGCCUGUGAUAUAUCGUGAUUUUAAAACAUCAAAUAUUUUAUUAGAUGCGGAUUACAAUGCCAAACUCUCUGAUUUUGGACUAGCCAAAGAUGCCCCCGAGGAAGGUAAAACUCAUGUAUCUACUCGAGUAAUGGGAACUUACGGUUAUGCUGCUCCUGAAUAUGUAAUGACUGGACAUUUAACAUCAAAGAGUGAUGUGUAUAGCUUUGGAGUAGUUUUACUUGAAAUGCUGACCGGUAGAAGAUCCAUGGAUAAAAACCGACCAAACGGGGAGCAUAACCUUGUUGAAUGGGCAAGGCCGCAUCUUGGAGACAAGAGGAGGUUCUACCGAUUGUUAGACCCUCGCCUUGAAGGUCACUUUUCAAUCAAAGGUUCUCAGAAAGCUGCCCAGCUGGCUGCCCAGUGCCUGAGUCGGGACCCCAAAAGCAGACCCCGGAUGAGUGAAGUUGUGGAAGCAUUGAAGCCAUUACCCAAUCUCAAAGAUAUGGCCAGCUCUUCCUAUUACUUCCAAUCUAUGCAAGCAGAUCACAACAGAUCCAACCGAAAUUAUAAAAACGGUGCUAGGACACAGGUAGGAUUCAUUACAAGGAACGGGCAACCACCCAUGAGGAGCUUAUCCAAUCCAAAUGGGCAUGCUUCUCCAUAUCAUCAUCCUCACCCAUCACCAAAACCAAAUGGGAAAAAAUAAUAGCAUUAAAGGUCUUGAUUUGACUCAUCCUUGGAUAAUCACAGUGGUAUUGCAUGUCUUAGAAAUGGCUUGUAUUUUUGCUGUUUACCAUUUACCAUACCUUGUAUUAACUCAAAACAACAAAAAAGGCUCCUUGCUUAAUGAAAUGAUGUGUAACAAACCCUGGGAGGCUAGUCUAAUUAAUUGUAUCUUUACUUCCAUUUGCUGUCUAUGAGAUUUCAAGAUUGGAGACUGAAAA